UAUAUCAAUAAUUUAGGUUUAUAUGCUCCUCAUCGGUUAAUUAAUCGUCAUUGCUGUGUUAUGAAGCAUGUUGUUAACCAUGUAUGUUUGAGUGUCACCCUUCUCCCUAUAUAUCAAGACCCUCCAUCUCCCGUAAUGAAACACCUGCAUGAAACAGAAGUUGUGUCAUCAUUUCAUACAAUCAUGUCACUACCACUGAUAUGUCGUGUAAGUGUCCGUGGAAUCAGUACCCAGGCCAAAUCUGCACGGACAAGAGCAUUGGUGGACAGGAUUAUAAGAAUUGAUCAUGCUGGAGAGCUUGGAGCAGACCGAAUUUAUGCUGGUCAGCAUGCUGUUCUAGGUAACACUGCCACUGGGCCUGUCAUCAAGAAAAUGUGGGAUGAAGAAAAGGAACACCUGGAGACCUUUGAAAAGUUGAUUGUACAACAUAGAGCCCGACCAACAGUGAUGCUACCGAUCUGGGAUGUAGCAGCUUUUGCACUUGGGGCAGGGACAGCAAUGCUUGGGAAGGAAGGUGCCAUGGCUUGUACUGUAGCUGUGGAAACAGUGAUAGGAGAGCAUUACAAUAGCCAGCUUCGUGACCUGAUUGAAGAUGACCCAGAACAACAUAAGGAACUGAUACAGAUCAUCAAAAAAUUUCGAGAUGAUGAACUCCACCAUCAUGACACUGGACUGGCACAUGAUGCCGAAAAGGCCCCCUUUUAUGAUGCCAUGUCAGCAGUGAUAAAGAUUGGGUGUAAAGGUGCAAUUUGGCUGUCGGAGCGAGUGUAAUGGACUGUAAACUGAGAACGAUUCAAAGUGUAUCAAUAUUCAAGGCACUUUUGGACAUACAUUUUGUAUGUUUAGUGUAUACGUUUAUCAGACUGUCUGGAGAUCACAGUUUUUGGUUGAACUGAAAGAAAUUACUUGCUGGUGUAUAAAUAUAACACCAUCAGAAUAUAUAUUACAGUUUUUGUAGAUCUGGUAUUUUGUUACGAUGUAUAUGUACUGUAUUUCAUGUCCAGACUGGAACAUUGUUUUAUCCAUGUCCUAUAUAGGAGCUGUGAGAACAUUCAUUUGUUGACAAUUUUCUAUUGUGGCUUAUCAUGCAUUGCUAAAUUAAAACAAAAAUUAACUAAA